AUGGCCACUGUGGUAGUUCAGCAGCAGGCGCUGCACCACUCGACCCCUCCUCCCUCUCCUAUCCCCCCAGCCUUGACCAUAAACCGACGAUCAAGUCCUAUCCCGAACAAACAUAUUCCAGUAUGCCCCACCGGCCCUAUUCCAACGUCUCAGCCUACUUCCGUGUCCCGGCCCAGCCAUCAGCCUUCCUCGCUAUUGUCUCCUCCAGAUGAGAAAAUGCGCAUUGGACGACCGUCAUCCCCCGCUGUGUACGCCAUCGAUGGAGCCAAGUUAGCAGCUGCGAUCGCUCACCAAGCAUCACAACCUUUACCCGACGCAUCUCUGAUGUUUCCUUGGCUCCAUGGACUACAUCGAGACAACCAGCUGCAGCUAGGAUUCUUUUCAAGUCGCAAGCGCCAUGCUCGCCACACUCCAAAAUGCUGGCGAGGACUCACCGUGGUAAAGCUUGGAGGUGACUUGAGCAAGGCACGCAUCAAGGGCGCAGUAAGCGCCCAUGAGGUGCUGGCACCUUCGUCCCACUUCUUGAUGGCUGAUCCUCCCGAGGGAUUCUCCGUCCGCAAUUUCCAAAUACAAACUGCCAAGCUGGCUGCGAUGUCGGAUAUUGUUAUUUAUGCUGAAGAUGAUGAUCGUCAUGGCGGACUUGUUAAGCUAGCCAACCAGUUUGCCAAGGCGCAGCGGUUAUGGCGAACGAAAAUGGAUCCAUUGGAGGAGCGACCGACGUACAACACCUUCAUUCUUGCCGACAAAUUUUCCAACGUUGCGGAAAACCAACCAGAGAUCAUUGCCAUCGAUGCGCAAGGUCAACCGACAGGUCAGAUUAUGGAUUUCGUCCAAUGGGAGCGACUGGAAAUGUCUACAAUGUCCCGGGCAUCUGAGAUUUCGUCCAAUGUUUGGCUUGGGUCUACCCCGGACUACUUCCAUACGGCAGGAGCUCUUGAGUCACCAAAGGAAGAGGGCUAUGACCUGUUAAUCGAAGCAUGCGACAUGGCCAACAUCCCUGGUCCACGGUUCCUCGCCAUGCUCGACAAACAGAUAGAGAGUUGUCCACAGCGCUUGGAGUUCCCUUCAUCGGGAUCUCUUGUGCUUCCAUCGGGUAACACCCGAGAGAUUGAGGACAUUGUCAACACCAUCAGGUGGAUCUACUAUCUCGCACACCCAGAGACUUCAUCGGAAGAGCUCGACACUGACGGAGACGUUGCAAUGACCAAAUCGAGCGGGAAACCCCGCAAGAUCCUCAUCCACUGUGCGGACGGUUAUACCGAAAGUUCGUUGCUGGCAGUGGCGUACUUUAUGUUUGCAGAAGGCGUGCCUGCCCAUGAAGCUUGGCUUCGACUGCAUUGCGAUAAGAAACGCAACUUCUUUGCUUAUGCUACAGACGUUGCUUUCCUAUGCCACAUUCAAGGACGUCUCUUGCAGGAAAGCCCCGCAACUCAGUCGACGGAUCUCUCGGAAAUCUGUGAUCCGAAUUGGUUUCACAACAUGGACGGCUCCCUCCCCAGCCGUGUCCUGCCGUAUCUGUAUCUGGGCAAUCUGAAUCAUGCGAACAACCCGGAGCUUCUGUGGCAGCUUGGGAUCAAGCGUGUGCUUAGUAUUGGCGAGGCUGUCAAUUGGACAGAUACGGACCGCGCCAACUGGGGACCCGAUAAUUUGAUGUACAUUGACAAUGUCCAAGACAAUGGUAUUGAUCCUUUGUGUCAGGAGUACGAUCGUUGUUUGGACUUCAUUGAAAAAGGAAAGCGCCAGGGCACGGCCACAUUGGUUCAUUGUCGAGUCGGUGUUUCUAGAUCAGCAAGUAUUUGCAUCGCUGAAGUCAUGGCGUCCAAAAAUCUCUCUUUCCCACGUGCAUACUGCUUUGUCCGCGCAAGGCGACUCAACGUUAUCAUCCAACCUCACCUUCGCUUUGUCUAUGAACUCCUUCAAUGGGAGGAGUAUCAAAUGAAAAAGCGAGGCCAGCCCAUCAAGCGAGAGCUUGAAUGGGACAUUGUUGCGCGUGAGAUAGCUCUGCUCAACAAGCCGUAUUCGAGGCACUAA